UUACUGUGAAUGUUAUGCAAAUAUGCAUGACACUAUAUAUGACUGUUAUAAAUAGCAGCUCCCUCGAAAUGUGUAUGUAUGUAUACAUUUUUUCCUCAGAUAGAAAGAAAGCUUAACAGUGAUUGUUCUGUGAAAAUUAAACUGACGGUUUGGAUUCUGUCAGAGAAAGGAUUCCCUCUCUUUUGCUCUUUCUCGUGUUUCAUCGAUCUUUGAACCGAUUUUUUUUCUUUGUAACCGUCUCUGUUUCUUCUUCAAAAGUUUGAUUUUCUCGGAAAACUUCAAAUCGUAGAAAAUUGCUUAGUGGAGAAUCUAAUGGGGAAGACGAGUGGGACGAGAGAUUGGGCUCAGAUCUACGCGAUUUACGGGAUCGAGCAGAAACACACUCUCUUCUUCCUCCUCCUCAACGCGAUUGCUUUCUCCGUACUCUCCACCGUUUUUUUCCUCUACUUCGACCCGAUCUGCGUCUUCGUCGAGUCGUUCCUCUUCUCCAGCUCCUCCGCUGCUAGAUUCUCCGCCGGAUUCUUCGGAGCCGUGACGGCACUCUCCGCCGUGUGUUUGUUCUUCGCGGCGGCGAAUUUUUUCUACUCCGCCGUGCCGCUCCGGUACAAGAUGGCGCAGAGGAUGGUUGGAUCCGUGGGAGAUUGGUCGAACGUGAAGACGGCGCUCGAUCUCGGCUGCGGUCGAGGGAUUCUGCUGAAUGCGGUGGCGACGCAGCUGAAGAAAACCGGUAGUUCGGGUCGGGUCGUCGGGUUAGACCGUUCCAUGAGCACUACUCUCUCCACUCUCCGUACCGCUCACAUCGAAGGAGUGCAAGAGUACGUGACUUGCCGUGAAGGAGACGUAAGACGGCUUCCUUUCAGUGACAACUACUUUGACGUGGUGGUUUCCGCCGUGUUCCUCCACACCGUCGGGAAAGAAUACGGCCAGAAGACUGUGGAGGCUGCGGCGGAGAGGACGAGAGUGCUUGGGGAAGUGGUCAGAGUGCUGAAACCCGGCGGCAUAGGAGUGGUGUGGGACCUUGUGCACGUGCCGGAGUACGCGAGGCGGUUACAGGAGCUGAGGAUGGAGGAGAUUAGGGUUUCAAAGCGAGUCACUGCGUUUAUGGUCAAAAGCCAUAUCGUCUCGUUUAAAAAGCCUCCUAGUCAGCAUUUUGUGGGCCCUGGAGAAGUGCGUUUAGACUGGAGAUGAUGACUAACGUGGAAUAAAGGAAAAAAAUCUAAUUUCAUAGCGAACAAACUAUAUAAAAGAUGUUCUUUCGAGAGAUAGAGAAGGUAAUAUAGAUACUUCUAUGUAUUUACGGAGAGCAUUUUUUGUUGUUUUAUUAACUCGAUCGGUCUUAUCAUAUUGAUAUCAAAGAGGUCAUUUUUCAGAAGUUUGAUUAUGUUUAGGAUUAUGCAAGUUAAACUAGCGGCAAACGAUUCAGAUUAAAAAUUCUGUUCAAACAUUA